ACGCCUCGGAAAUGCGCGUCCUUCGGCAUUUGCUGUUCGCUUCCAUCCCGCUCGUCUGCCUCUUCCGAAUAGAAUUGGCUUCUGCAUACUUUAGACCUCAGCGAAAAUAUAUUGAAGAGGUUGACUGGUCCUAUUCAGGAGCAUUAAAUCAAACAAGCUGGUGGAAAAAAUAUGCAGCAUGCAAUGGUGCUAAACAAUCACCUAUUAAUAUUGAUGAAGAUCUAACUCAAGUAAAUGUCAAUCUUAAAGAACUUAAAUUUCAAGGCUGGGAAAAAGAAACAUCACAAGAUACUUUAAUAUACAAUACAGGCAAAACAGUGGAAAUCAAGCUCACAAAUGAAUACUUCGUAAUUGGAGGAGGCUUAGAAACUGUAUUUAAAGCAAGCAGGAUAACAUUUCACUGGGGAAAAUGCAAUAUAUCUCAUGAUGGAUCUGAACAUAGUAUAGAUGGACAAAAGUAUCCUCUCGAGAUGCAAAUCUACUGUUAUGAUUCAAAUCAGUUUCCGGAUAUAGAUAAGGCAAUUGAAGGAAAUGGGAAAUUGAGAGCUUUAUCAAUUUUAUUUGAGGUUGGUCUGGAAGAUAAUACGGAUUACAGUUCAAUUAUUGAUGGGGUGGCUAGUGUUAGUCGCUUUGGGAAAAAAAUUGAACUGGAGCCAUUCAUUUUAUUGAACCUUUUGCCAAAUUCAACAGAUAAAUAUUAUACUUAUAAUGGAUCUUUGUCAACUCCCCCCUGCACGGAGACAGUUGAAUGGAUAGUAUUCAAAGACACUGUAAACAUUUCAGAAAACCAGCUUUCGGUGUUUUGCGACGUCCUUACCAUGCAACAGUCUGGCUACGUGAUGCUAAUGGACUACCUGCAAAACAAUUUUAGAGAGCAACAGCAUAAAUUUUCUGGCCAAGUGUUUUCCUCAUAUACUGGACAUGAAGAAAUUCAUGAAGCAGUUUGCAGCUUAGAACCAGAAAAUGUUCAAGCUGAUCCAAAGAACUAUACCAGCCUUCUGGUUACCUGGGAAAGGCCAAGAGUCGUGUAUGACACAAUGAUUGAAAGAUUUGCAGUAUUUUACCAACAGUUAGAAGGAGAAGACCAGACAAAGCAUGAAUUUCUAACAGAUGGGUAUCAGGACUUGGGGGCCAUUCUGAAUAAUCUGCUGCCUAAUACAAGUUACGUUCUUCAGAUAGUUGCUGUUUGUGCUAAUGGUCUCUAUGGGAAGUACAGUGAUCAAGUGAUUGUUGAUAUGCCUUUAGAUGAUCCAGAAAUUGAAUUUCCUGAAUUGACUGAAACUGAAGAUUAUGAGGAGGAAGAUGAAAUGGAACAAGCAAGGGCAGGGGUGGGUGAAGAAGCUGCUGUAAUUGCCGGCACAGAUAGUGUGACAAACCAAAUAAGGAAAAAAGAGUUCCAGUUUACUACAUCUACCUACAGUCAGGAGAGAAUGGGGACACAAUUCAACGAAGCAGGAACGCACAGAUACUUAGCAAGAGAAGAAGACUCACAUGGAAAAAAUGGUCAUUCCAAAGCAAUUUUUCAUCCAACUUCUCAGCCUCUCGUAGAAGUACCAAAGGAAGAAGAGGAUGAUUCUAUGGAAACUCAAACAGCGACUACAAUUGUUCCGCCAACAAGCGGCUCCACCAAAGGUAAUGGGGAAGAAUAUGCACAUACUUUUUCUGACAAUGAGGCAACAAGAGCAUCUGCUGCUGAUAGUAAUGAAGAUGAUAUAGAGGUGUCCGCUUUUAAGCCUGAUCUAGACACUGCUGACUCUUGGGGUUCCAUUCCUACCACCUCUGCUACAUGGUUAGUUACUGUGGAGACGUCCCAGGAAAACAUCUUUAGUUCAGGAAGCCCAGAAAUAAGCAUGCAUGAUGAUCUCUCUCAAGACAAUGUUAGAAUUCUCUCAGAAGAUAUUGCACUUCCAAGAGCUGAAGAUUCUGCAGAAAAAAUACCUGCAGUCAAUGGAAAUUUGUGGUAUCAUAAUGGCACAAAUAUUACUGCUGUUCCAUUGGAUAGUAAGCAGCUUUUUCACAUUAGUUCCCCAAAUCCUACAACAGUACCGUAUCCCAAUGGCCCCAUUGUGUCACAAGAUACUUCCAUUGAGGAUAUAGAAUUGCCACAUUCUUCUACCUUUGCUUUCUUCCCUACUGAGUUGUCAUCUUACUCUGUCCCUUCAAAUUCUGAAGAACACGGCUCUGCUUCUGCUGCCAGUGAGGUACUGUCUCAGACAACUCAACCAGUGUAUAAUGGUGAGAUACCACUUCAACCUUCAUACAGUAGUGAAGUGUUUCCUCUAGUCACCCCUUUAUUGUCUGACACUCAGAUGCUCAACACUUUCCCUGCUACAUCAAGUAGUGAUGUGACCUUGCAUGCUACACCUGUAUUUCCCAGUGUUGAUGUGUCAUUUGAAUCCACCCUGUCUUCCUAUGAUGAUGUACCUUUGCUUCCAUUUUCCUCUGCUUCCUCCAGUAGUAAAAUGUUUCACCAUCUGUAUAUGGUUUCUCAAACAUUUCCACAAGCUACUCCAGCUGUUGAGACUGAUAAGGUGCCCCUGCAUGCUUCUUUGACAUUGGCAGAGGGUGGCGUAUUAAUGCAAUCAAGCCUUGCUCAGUUUUCUGAUGUGACAUCACAUCAGAUGGUACGUGCUGCUUCAGAGACAAUGAUAUUUGGUCAUAAUAGAACUCACUUGUCUCAAGUUGAACCAUCCAGCAUUGAUUUAAAUAUGCAUGCACUGUCUACAAUGUCUGAACUUGCUUUAUCUAGUAAUGUGGUCUCUCUUCAAACUGUUGCUGCUUCCUAUUAUACUUCAGAAUUUCUGCAUGAGUCUGUUGGCACAUUUCAUCAGGGUCCGUUAUUUAGCAGCUAUAGCAAUGUGCUGAUGCAUAAGCCUUCUUCUGCAAUCUCGCAAGCUGACACUUUGCUGCAGCCUACAUACUCUCUUUCUAGUGAAAUGGAUUUGUCUGAAGCAUAUUCUGGUAGUGAGUCCCUUUUGCCUGAUACAGAAAUUUUGUCGGUGUUUAAAGCUUCUUCAUGUGAUUCUUCAGGUGAAUUGAUAUGCAGCACACCUGGUGAUGUUGAGAUGCCUCACAAAAAUGAUGUAAUAUAUGGAUAUGACAAAGAACUGCAAAUUUCUUCUUCUUUCAGUGAAAUGGCUUCUCCUGCUGAAAGUGAAAUGACUGAACUUCCAACAACAGUUUCUCAUGAUGAGAUUACUAAGCAGGAUACAACUUUACAAGAAAUCCUCAUUACUGUUUCUAGUGCAAAGGGAAUCCUUCCAGUAUCUGUUACUAAAGUGUUUGGUUAUGAUGUUAGUAAAUUUGCAGAAAAUCAUGUUCCUGUUCAGCCUUUGCAUGUUACAACAGCCUUUGAUGACACUUUGCUUAAGCCUGUGCUUAGUGCAAUCUCACAGCAAGCUUUCUCUACCCCUGCUUCUAGCGAAAUAUUGUCUCCUUCCACUCAGCAGUUUUUUAAUGAGGCUUCAGCUACAUUAAAUAAUAAUGCAUUGCUGCAAACGUCCUUUCAGUCUUCUUCUGAUGAUAAACUGCUUAGAACAUCUGUAAUUGUGUCUAGUGAUCCAAUAUUGAUUGAAAAAAGCACAAGGGCAGAUAAUGGUAGUUCUAUAUUUGACCAAAUAUUGCACCAAAUGGCACUAGAUUCUGCUGCGAAUAAAACAAUGUUGCAUUCUACAUCAGCACCAUCUGCUGUAAAUACAUCACACACUGCCAGUAAUCCCACAGAUUCACCAGAAGGUUUAACUGUUGCAUAUAUAAGUGAUGAAUACAUUUCACCCAGGUUGCUUAACAAUGAAGAUAUACACCAAGUUGCUCCUUCACUGUACAGUAAUGAUCGGUCAACCAGUUUAGAAAAUAAAAGUGCCUUUGCCCUCAAAGCAGGGAACGCAGUGACUAUCCCUAUCUUGCCAACUGAUAUGUUACCAAAUACAGCUACGUCUGCUAACAGUCAUAGUCUUUCAAGUGUUUCUCAAAAGGAUGAGUUUUUCACUUUUUCCUCCAAUACUAAUAUUGUUGAUAUUACUGUUCCUGUGCCUGAAAUCAUUUCUGAUUCUAUUCAGCCUGUUUUUACAAAUAUACCAGAUACGCCUAUUUCUGGUACAGCUAAUUUUCCCAGCACUGAAAGCGGUAAAAUUUUAUUAGUUCCUGGUAAAGUAACCACUGAAUUAUACACCACAGCCAGUUCUGAUACUGAUUUGUGGUCAUCUGUUGUUGAUGAUGAUUAUGAUGAGUAUGAUAGUGGCUUACCUGUAAAUGGUUGUCAUACAUGCAUUACCCAUAGAGAAACUCAGGAGGAGGUAGAUGAGCCAGAUACUCAGGUAAACAGUGCGAACAAUCAGCAUAACUUAAUUAUAAAUUCACAUUUUCAAAUUUCUGAAGAAAAAGAAGAAAAGAAAACAAUAACUGCUUUAUCAGACUAUAUGAUAACCCAUGAGAUGGACCAACUGAAACAUACACCAGUCCCAGCAGUGGCGUCGAACAUGAAGACUAAGAAACACAGUAAUCCAGCCAUAUUGGAUAACCACAUUCAGACUCUUAGUGUUCCAAAGGCACCAGAAUCUAAAUCAUGGGCAGUUUUUACAAGUGAUGAAGAGAGUGGUUCUGGUCAAGGUACCUCAGAUAGUAUUAAUGAUAAUGAGACUUCAACAGAUUUCAGUUUUUCUGAUGUUAAUGAUCGUGACUCUGAGGGCGUAGCUGAAGCAGAUAACUCAGAAUUAUCUUCUGGAUCACAACAGUCAUCAGUAGCACCAAUUCCUAGUGAUCACUCAUCAGUAUUCAACGUUUCUGAGGCAGAGGCAAGUAAUAGUAGCCAUCAGUCGCUUAUUGGUCUCCCAGAACCGAAGACAGUUAUACCUCUUGUGGUCGUAUCAGCCCUGACUUUCAUCUGUCUAGUGAUUCUUGUUGGUAUUCUCAUAUAUUGGAGAAAAUGCUUCCAAACUGCACACUUCUACUUGGAAGAUAAUACAUCACCUCGGGUGAUAUCCACUCCCCCAGCACCAGUCUUCCCUGUGUCAGAUGAUGUUGGUGCAAUCCCAACAAAGCAUUUUCCGAAACAUGUUGCAGAUUUACAUGCCAGUAAUGGUUUUGCAGAAGAAUUUGAGACACUGAAAGAGUUUUACCAGGAAAUCCAGAGCUGCACAGUAGAUCUAGGUAUUACAUCAGACAGUUCUAACCAUCCAGAUAACAAGAAUAAGAAUAGAUAUAUAAAUAUUGUUGCCUAUGAUCACAGUAGGGUUAAACUUGCACAACUUGCAGACAAGGAUGGAAAACUUACUGACUACAUUAAUGCCAACUAUGUUGAUGGCUACAACAGACCAAAAGCUUAUAUUGCAGCUCAAGGGCCUUUAAAAUCAACAGCAGAAGAUUUCUGGAGAAUGAUUUGGGAACAUAAUGUGGAAGUUAUUGUAAUGAUAACCAACCUUGUUGAAAAAGGAAGGAGAAAAUGUGACCAGUACUGGCCUACUGAUGGUAGUGAAGAAUAUGGAAACUUUUUAGUCACUCAGAAGAGUAUUCAUGUGCUUGCUUAUUACACUGUGAGGAAUUUUACUAUUAGGAACACCAAAGUGAAAAAGGGUUCCCAGAAAGGAAGGCCUUGCGGCCGUGUAGUUUCUCAGUAUCACUAUACUCAAUGGCCUGAUAUGGGUGUUCCUGAGUACACUUUGCCAGUGCUCACAUUUGUUCGAAAGGCAUCGUAUGCUAAACGACAUGCUGUAGGACCAGUCGUGGUUCAUUGCAGUGCUGGUGUUGGAAGAACAGGUACAUACAUAGUAUUAGAUAGCAUGCUACAGCAAAUUCAGCAUGAAGGGACUGUCAACAUAUUUGGAUUCCUGAAGCACAUACGAACGCAAAGGAACUACUUGGUGCAGACAGAAGAACAGUAUGUCUUUAUUCACGAUGCCCUUGUGGAGGCCAUACUUAGCAAAGAAACAGAAGUACCUGAAAAUCACAUUCAUGCCUAUGUUAAUUCACUCUUAAUACCUGGACCAAUGGGAAAAACAAGAUUAGAGAAACAAUUUAAGCUUCUGAGCCAGGCUAAUAUACAACAGUGUGAUUAUUCUACUGCACUGAAACAGUGUAACAGAGAAAAGAACAGAACUUCAUCCAUAAUUCCUGUGGAAAGAUCUCGAGUUGGUAUUUCAUCAUUGUCUGGUGAAGGCACAGACUACAUCAAUGCCUCCUAUAUUAUGGGUUAUUAUCAAAGUAAUGAAUUCAUUAUUACCCAGCACCCCCUGCUGCAUACUAUCAAAGACUUCUGGAGAAUGAUAUGGGACCACAAUGCUCAGAUAAUCGUCAUGCUUCCAGACAGUCAGAAUAUGCAGGCUGAAGAUGAAUUUGUAUACUGGCCAAGCAAAGAAGAUCCUAUAAAUUGUGAGAGUUUUAAGGUCAGCCUGAUUUCUGAAGAACACAAAUGUUUGUCAAAUGAAGAGAAGCUUAUAAUCCAGGAUUUCAUAUUAGAAGCUACACAGGAUGAUUAUGUCCUUGAAGUGAGGCAUUUUCAGUGUCCAAAAUGGCCAAAUCCAGAUAGCCCUAUUAGUAAAACAUUUGAACUUAUAAGUGUCAUCAAAGAAGAAACUUCCAACAGAGAUGGGCCCAUGAUUGUACAUGAUGAGCAUGGAGGAGUGACAGCGGGUACCUUCUGUGCAUUAACAACGCUCAUGCAUCAGCUAGAAAAUGAAAACUGUGUGGAUGUUUAUCACGUAGCUAAGAUGAUCAAUUUGAUGAGGCCUGGAGUCUUCACAGACAUUGAUCACUAUCAAUUUCUGUACAAAACUAUUCUCAGUCUUGUUAGCUCAAGGCAAGAAGAAAAUCCUUCAGUAUCCAUAGACAGUAACGGUUCCGCUUUACCAGAUGGCAAUGCAGCUGAAAGCUUGGAAUCUUUAGUUUGACUACAAACAGCACACGACAAACCAUGAUUAUCCAGAGCUGGAAAUUUCAGUAUUGUUGCUUUCCUUUUUUAAAAACUCUGUGGGGCAGGG